GCUGCUGGAUGGAGAAAGUACUUGCUGGCAUUGGAUCAGGCGAAAGCUUUUGAUCGAGUGAAUCAUGAAUAUCUGUGGUUGCUGCUUGGUAGAUACGGCCUGCAGGGGAGGUUUAUAGAUUGGCUGAAGACAUUAUAUAAAGGGGCUGAGAGCUUCCCACUUGUUAAUGGUUGGGUUGGGCGGCCUUUUGAGGUCGGCUCUGGUGUGCGCCAGGGAUGUCCUUUGAGCCCCCUGCUAUAUGCUUUCGCAAUCGACCCCUUUGUAAGAAGGCUAGAGGGCGCAUCGUUGUGCGGGGUGCCUCUGGGCAUUGCUAUUGUGCCGCCUUUGAAGGUCGUUGCCUAUGCUGAUGAUGUGUCUGUUAUUAUCUCUGGGACUGAGGAGGCGCAGGAGGUGGUCUCUGUGAUAGAGCAGUACACGGAGGCUUCUGGCUCUAAAGUCAACCAUGAAAAGAGUGAAGUUUUCUGGAUGGGUGAGGAGGGUGAAAGCUUCGAACUUCCGGAUGCCUUCCCAGAGCCCCAGCAGGAAAUUAAAAAUUUUGGGCAUCAAAUUUGGUCCUGGUGA